AGAUAAGGAGAAAAUGAGCCAUUAUUAGUGCAGGAAACAGUGUGUAGCUAGCUGGUGAUGGAAGAUGAAGAAAGAUAGUAAUAAAGAGCCAAAGAAAGCCAGUGAGUGAGAGAGAGAUAAGGGGUUUAGAAUGAAUUGGUUAUUUGUAUUGUGAGAAUGGAAAAUUUCUACUAUUCAAGUUCUGGUUCUAGUAGCUGGUGGCCUGUGCAGGGCUCAAACAGUGCUGGUCCUUCUCCUUUUUCAGCGCAGACUCCAUUGUUGCCUCAUCACAUCUCUGAUUCAUGCUCUGUUCAGUUCUGUGAUCUCCCUCAUUCAUGGCCUGCAGAAGAUAAAGCUUCCAGUGCCUCCAAGAGCCAUAGCCAAGCUGAGAAACGCCGUAGGGACAGGAUCAAUGCACAGCUUGCCACUCUCAGAAAACUCAUCCCCAAGUCUGAUAAGAUGGACAAGGCAGCAUUACUGGGGAGUGUUAUAGAGCAUGUGAAGGAUCUGAAACGAAAAGCCAUGGAUAUAGGCACAUCCUUCACAGUCCCUACAGAGAUCGACGAAGUUUCAAUAGACCAAGACGAAAGCUCAAGUUCCAUCAUCAACAACAACAAUACCAAUGUGAAUUACAAAGUGGAAGGAAACAACAACAUAAUGAUCAGAGCUUCAGUUUGCUGUGAGGAUCGACCAGAACUGUUCUCAGAACUCAUCAAAGUUCUCAAAGGCCUGAGGCUCACAGCAGUGAAAGCUGAAAUAGCAAGCGUGGGAGGCAGAAUCAAAAGCGUAUUGGUACUGUGUUCUAAGGACAGUGACGAUAAUGUUUGUGUGGCCACUCUGAAGCAGUCUCUUAAAUCUGCCGUCACUAAGAUUGCUGCUUCAUCCUCAUCAAUGGCUUCUGCUUGUCCUGCAAGAAGUAAGAGGCAGAGGUUCUUCUUGCCUUCGCCAUGCCUCCACUGAUACUUUAUUAUUUUUCUGAGGGCAAAUCUAUUUGGGUGUUGCUUUUUUUUUUUUGGCAAUAUUUAUCACAUAUAUAUAGUUUUUUUUUUCUUUUAAGAUUAAUAACGCUUCAUUCCUUGCUUAAAUUAUAUAAAAAAAGGAUGUGUGGAAUUAACCUCUUCUACGUGAGUUCCAAUUCUACUUUUACUUUAUGGAAAAGGCUUCGUAUGUAUUACUUAUAUAACAUGAAAAAAUAUUCAAUGUAUAGUACUUCUAU